GAGGAAUCUUUUCGGAGCGUUCGGAGUGCUGAGAGCGCUCUCAGUCCCACCCUCCCACAUGUGAGCAGCCGACGCUGCUUCAAUCGGCUGAGCAGUGUUGGUCCCCGCGUACUGUCAAACGACAGCGUCAGCGAGAGGAGAAUCUUUUGUGCGGGUUUUGAGUUUGUCACGACGUGGAUCUCUUGUGGUCGCUGUUCCUUAGACCGGUGCACCUUGCUGGAUAGUGCUCUGUGGAUUUAUCUGCACUUGCGAUAGGAUGGACCUGGGCAGCUUUGUUUUGACUUGAGCAAUGCCUACCUGCCGCAGAGGGGGCACCGAAAGUGACUGUCAAGCUACUUGAAAGGCGUUCGCCGGUAUGGGGACGAGCUGAACGUAUCGUCCCAAAAGCCAGGCCCGAGUUGUAUAGAAGUGCACAAAGCGGCGGGCGCUCUCUCGCGUGCCCCCUUCGGGCCGCGCCAUGGACCACUCGGUGAAGGCGAUGCACCGCAAGGCGGCCUUCUCGAGACUCCUCCGCGGCCGUCGCUUCGAGAACGCCGACCUGGAGCAGCUGUACCAGCGCUACACUUUCAAGCUGCAGCAGUCCUCGAUCGCCAGCGUCCUGGGACUGCUGGUGACGCUGAACGUGACGCUGGCGUCGAUCGACCUGGCCUACCGGCGCGGCUCGCCCUCCCUGCUGGGUCUCCUGCACCUGGUGCACGGCCUGCUCUUCCUGGGCGCCUUCAGCUUCAUGGCGCUGCGCCGGCUCGAGGACACGGCGCUGCUGGCGCUGUGUCACGGCGCGCUGGCGCUCGCCUCCACCUUCUCGCUGCUGUCCAUGCCGUGGUCGGUGGGCGACGGCUUCUGGCAGCUCAGGAGCGGCGCCCCGGCCGACGGGCUCUGGGAGCUGCUGUUCGUGCUCUUCCUCGCGUACACCAUGCUGCCGGUGCGAACCAGGGUCGCGCUGCUGCUGGGCGCCGCUCUGUGCGCCGUGCACACGCUCUGCGCCGUCUUCUGCGCCCACGUCCCGCCCGGACAGGACAGGACGGUGCAGGUGAGACCGCACCGUUCUCCAUAA